GCCACUCCUGUAGAACAAAUCGCAAGAUGUAUUGAAAUCGUCUCUCCCCCUCCUUCCUCCUUUUCCUGGAAACUCCCACUAGCAAGUUCCCAGGAAUUAGUAGUCUCUAACCUCUGGAUAAAAUGUGCCUCGAAUGAACUGAAAUUUGGAAAGAGAAAGGGGAGAAAGCAGUGAACAAUUGUUGACAAUCACAUUCAAUGUGUGCUCAUCACCUACAUUAGAGAUCAUUGGAAGAUUAAUCGUAGCAAUGAUAAAUUAUUGCGACACACAUAUUACGCGAAACAGCGCAUUACAGAGUAACGAUUCUAUCAAAGCAGUGACAACCUUUUUAUUAAGAUAGUUAAAGAAGCAGUAUCCUGCGUCUCAAUGCAAUAAAUACAUUUAAAUAUAAAAGAAAGAGAAGAGAAAAUCACAAAGUGACAAUGGAUUUGUCGACUGUACCUCUUGUCGCAACUACUGUUGUGAGCCGACAAGUUAUUGCAACUAUGCUGAAUCCUAUGAAAGUUUUACCAAGUGAUAAUGGUUUGCCAAGGGAUUGGAGGGGCUUGGCGCAUCUGUUAGAGCUCAGUCCAGAACUUGUGUCGCUGCUAGUGUCACAUUCUGAUCCAUUGAUGCACAUGUUCACACUGUUGGAGAAAAAUCAAAAAAACAUUACAAUAAAAAAUUUUCAAGUAAUGAUGGAACAAAUGGAUAGAUGGGACAUUAUUGAUGAUACUGAAGCUUUGUUUGAAAGUGACGCUGAGAGAUAUUUGGAACACCAACAAAGAGCUCAAGUGUCAGCAGAGCCAAUAGAUGAAUGUGCUGAUCAGGAAAUACUUACAUUAGGUGAUAUUCACAGAUUAAAGCAAGGUCUAGAAACACAAUAUUAUGAUGCAUUUCUUUUGUAUGCAGAAGAGGAUAUUGAUUUUGCGACUGAGAUGGUAGAUAAGCUUGAGACCCAGUUCAAUCUAAAGCUGUGCUUGAAAGAUCGAGAUUUAGUUGCUGGUGUAGAAUUCGAGCACGAAGCGGUAAUGAAGUUAAUAUCUGAACGAUGUAAUAGAUUACUUAUUAUAGUAUCACCGAGCUUUCUGAAAAGUUCAGCAAACAAAUUUUUCUUAAACUAUACUCAAGCCUUAAGUAUCGAAAAGCGACAGAGAAAAAUUAUACCCUGUAUAUACAAAAGCUGUGAAUUACCAUUGCAACUGAAAUAUAUAUUUAAUUUGGAUUACAACCGUAAAGGAUUAUAUGAUUUUUGGGGCAAGUUACGUGAUUCUAUACAAGCUCCAAAUUCUUUAGCUACAAGCAGUUCAAUUCAAGAAGGAAAAAACAGUGUAAUACAAGAGAGUACAGAAGUAAAGAAAAUAUUGCCUGAUAAAUAUAAUGAUAUACUUCACAUUACUCAAAAAACAAAUGAAGAAACAUUAAAAUAUCCACAAGAGAAGAGUGAAAAUUGUGAAACUAUUGUGAAAGCAAGUGAUAUAAAAACUCUAAAUGUCAGUGGUAAAAAGAAUAAGACAUUGUUAUCAUGGAACAAAAUCACUUCAAAUUGGAAGACAAAGCAGACCAAGAAAAAUAAUCAGUUAUCUACAGAGGCACUCGUUCAAAACCUGCCAUCGGUAGAUAAUUUAUCGGUAGAUAGCUUAGAUUUAUCAAGUACUCAUGAGUAUAAGGAAAAGAAAACAAAAUUAUUUAGUAAAUUCACAAAAAAAAGAAUUGCUCUAAAGACUUAAUGACAGAUCUUUGUACAAAGGAUUACAUACAAAAUUCUAUUUUAUAUAUUUUUACAUGUGCAGAAAGAGUAUAUUUAAGUAUUUAAUCAAUAUAAUAAAUUUAGAAAUGAGUUUUAUAUGACAGUCAUACAUAUCCCACAGAAGGUUGUAAUGUUAAGAAUAUUUUAUUACUGAUAAACAAUAUAAAUACACUAUACGCUACUUUUCUGAAA